UCAGGAUGAACAGAUGAGCAGAAAAGAGAGAGAGAGAAAGAGAGGAAGAGAGGAUUAGUAUUUGUUUUUCGCUCCUGAAGCCUGUAAGAAGGAGAGAAAGGAAGUGAAGACCAGCGUCUCUCCUCGGGAUACGAGCUGGGGCUUCUCUUACAAACAUGAUGGAGUGACUACACACACACACACACACACACACACACACACAGAACCAGAUCCGAACCAAAAAAAACAAAAUGCAGUGGAGCUCAACAUGUUUCAGUUCCUCAGAGAUGGAGGAGAAGCAGGAAGCUGAUGAAACUCACCUGUUCAGUCUCAGUGAACAUUAGUGAAGACAGCGGGGCGGCGCAGUCAGUGUCCCUGAUGUCUCACGGAGUUCCUGCUCCGAUCCUGAGCUCAGGUUUCUGUGUGAGUUCUCUGGUUCUCGCUGCCCGCGUUCCCCGGAUCGACCCGGACACCUGACCGGAAUAAAGCGUGAUCUUGGGGUGAAGCAUCUCUACACAUGAUUGUUGCCGUGACGAUGUGUGUGUUCGUGUCUCCGCUGGUGGUCGCUGGCAUCGUCAUUGGCCUCGUGCUCUUCCUCUCCCUCCUCAUCAUCAUCAUCGGCAGCAUGAGGAAAAAAAAACAAUCACACCUCAGUGACACCGCAGACGGAUUUUCGUUCGGAGGAUCAACAGGUGACUUGAGGUCGGAGUGUGUGGAUGAACUCCCUCCUGUAUUUGACUUUGACUCGUACACGGAGACGAUCCCAGUCCCACACAUCAGCACCGUUUACCCAGACGCACCACCUCAUUAUGAUGAGUGCGUGGGACGCGAUGCAACGCAGAUCUUCACCCCUACAGACGAUCCGCCACCAUACUCACACACCUCACAUACACACCCCAGUAUGGAAGGGGCGGGGCUUCCUGAAAGUGCUUCCUCCUGGUGGUCAGCACCUGCACUUGCAGCUUCCCAUCUUCCAGUCAGAAUGCAGGAGGUUUCGUCUGUGUUUGUUUUGUCCCUGGAUGAGCUGCCGCCCUACGAGGCCGUGGUGGAGCAGCAGAACCGAACCAUUCCACUGAUCGACAGCCAGGACCCCAAACACGCCGCCGGAUUAACACACACACGUGAAUAAACACACACCGCCGAUUAAACACAGCCAAAUACAGCGACUGGAGAUGGCGUGAGAUGGCGUGUGUGUGGGCGAUGGCGCCUUUUGGUAACGCCGUCAUCAUGUGAUCAGAAAAUGUCCUUCAGGACAGGAUUUGUUGGAAACACACACGAUGGAAACAGACUUCAUUUUACACAACUUUACUCCUGAUACAAAGCUGAGAACCAAAGAUUCUUUGUGUUAGCUUUCUCUGUCUCUCUCUGUCCCUCU